CGCUGCAAGGACAAGCUAAACACGCUGGCCAUCUCCGUGCUCAACCAAUGGCCAGGGGUCAAGCUUCGGGUCACUGAGGCUUGGGAUGAAGAUGGGAUGCACGCCGAGAACUCACUCCACUAUGAGGGAAGGGCCGUGGACAUAACUACAUCAGACAGGGAUCGCUCUAAAUAUGGCAUGCUGGCCCGCCUUGCUGUGGAAGCUGGGUUUGACUGGGUGUACUAUGAAACUCGCGGACACGUUCACUGCUCGGUCAAGUCAGAUUCAAGCGUUGCUAUCAACUUCGGUGGCUGCUUCUCAUCGUCAAGCCAAGUACUCACCCUUUCAGGCCAAACAAAGCAGUUGUCGGAAAUCCAAAUCGGCGACCAGAUUCUGUCAUUGGGAGAAAGUGGCCUUCUUGAGUUCAGCGAUGUGAUUGCAUUUUUGGAUUACAAUCAUGACCAGGUGGCCAACUUCUACACACUGACCACAGAAACUGGGCAUAGUGUAACUCUGACUGGGAAGCAUCUAAUUCAUGUUAUGUCUCCCAACACGACGUCAGACUUGGGGAACGCAUCUGCUUCUACUAGACCUCAUAUCGGUUCUGAUCUACCUCGUCUUGUCUUCGCUGAAGAUGUUUCAAUCGGCCAGUACGUCCUUUUCGCAAAUUACGAGUCUUCAACCUCAACAGAAAACAUACCUCAAAGACAUCAUCCUUCUAGCUUGACAUCUUCUGAAAAUUUUCCAGACACAAGAAAUAGAUUCAAAACAGACACUACGUCUUUGGCUGUUUUUACACCUGAGCGGAUUGUGUCAAUCCAGGUACGUCCUUUGAAAGGUGUAUAUGCCCCUUUGACAGUAAGCGGGACUAUUGUGGUCGACGGAAUCAUUACAUCUUGUUAUGCGUUUCUGAAAGAUGUUCAGCUGGCGCAUGCAUCAUUCGCGCCUUUAAGAGCAUAUCACAUGACACAGAGAAUUCUCAGUGAUUGGCUCCACGGUGUUACUGUUUUCUUGGAUGGUAUGUUACAUCCUCCCUGUGUUAAUUUUGUGCCAGAAAAUGAAACAAUAUCUCAGAAUCGCCAGAACGGAGCCCACUGGUAUGCAAGACUUCUUUAUAAUUUUGCUGUAAAUAUUGUCGGCAUGGACAUUUUUAUAUCGCUGUGA